AUGGCCCCUGGAGAAAAGGAGAGAGGAGAGGGGCCAGCCAAGAGCGCCCUCCGCAAGGUGCGCACGGCGACCCUGGUUAUCAACUUGGCCCGCGGUUGGCAGCAGUGGGCGAAUGAGAACAGCACCAGGCAGGCCCAGGAGCCUGCAGGCUGGCUGCCUGGAGCAACCAACGACCCACCCCAGACUCCGGUGGUGUGCCCUGGUCCCCACCAGCACGCCCCCCAACCUCCAUCCCCAAAGCCAGAUGGACAUGGAGAUGGACAGCACUCAGAUGCCGCCUCCGAGGUCUCUCACAUCAGAAGGAAAGAGGUGACCAGGACAGUUGUCAGCAAGGCUUACGAGAGAGGGGGAGACGUGAACUACCUGAGCCACAGGUAUGAGAGUGACCCGGGCAUGUCUGCAGCGACUCAGCCAGAGAACGACAUUGACAGGCUCCUCCUGGGUCGCGACUCGCCAACGCGGAGACGAAGGUGCACCCACCUGGUGUCUGAGCUGACCAAAGGCUGGAGGGUGAUGGAGCAGAAAGAGUCCAGAAGGAAGAGUGACAGCGUAGACCCGGAGGACAGUGGCUACGGCGGGGACGUGGAGGACAGACCUGAACAGGACGCGGCGCAGGUGACCGCUGCCAGGAUCAAACGCCCCUUGCCCUCCCAGGCAAACAGAUACACGGAGACACUCAGCUGCAAGGCGCACCGGAAGUACAGCCAAGUGGACAGCUUGAAAGGGCGGUGGCAGCAGUGGGCUGAUGAACACAUACAGUCACAGAAGCUCAACCCCUUCAGUGACGAAUUUGACUAUGACCUGGCCAUGUCCACUCGGCUACACAAGGGAGACGAGGGCUACGGCCGUCCCAGGGAGGGAAGCAAGACAGCGGAAAGGGCCAAGCGAGCCGAGGAACACAUCUACCGGGAAAUCAUGGAGCUGUGCCUGGUUAUCCGCACGAUGGCUCGCCACAGACGAGACGGCAAGAUCCAGGUGACUUUCGGAGAGCUCUUCGAUAGAUACGUUCGUAUCUCAGAUAAAGUGGUGGGCAUCCUCAUGCGUGCCAGGAAACACGGACUGGUGCACUUUGAAGGAGAGAUGCUGUGGCAAGGCAAAGAUGACCAUGUUGUGAUUACUCUCCUUGAGUAG